AGGUGGCGGUUCCCCCUGAGGAGGGUGUUUGUCUUUAAAGCUGACGCUCCCCGUCCCCCUCCCCGCAGGGAAGGCUGAGGGCGCUGCCGGCGCUGAAGUCCUUGUUGGGGUCCCCGCCCCGGAGCCUCUCUCAGCGGUCCUCCUGACUGUGAGUGUGAGCUGAGCUGAUUAAGAGGCUGUGCGAUCUCCUUUGAAGGCACAUUCUGUGACUCCUCAACAUACUGUCACCUGAGGAAACAACCCUGACCCCCGAUCAGGACCCGGACCAAAUGGCUGCUUCUCAGGGACCGUUGACCUUCAGGGAUGUGGCCAUAGAUUUCUCUCGGGAGGAGUGGGAAUGCCUGGACCCAGCUCAGCGGAAGUUGUACCUGGAUGUGAUGUUGGAGAACUACAGCAACCUGGCUUCCCUGGCUCUUUCAUGUAAAGAUAACCAUGCCUUUAUGCCAAAGCCCGGAAUACAAGAUUUAUUCUCUGAAAUAAUACUGAGUACACACAAUGGAGAUAGCAGUUAUCAAUGGAUUGAACAAUGGAAAAAGUUUAAGCAAGAAUCAUAUAUUAAUCAUCGGACAGGGGAACCUGCAGAGGACCAUUAUAAAAGCGAAAGAGUCUUUGACCGAAUGUCCAAUCACAAUAUAUGUCAGGUUAUUCCUAUCGCGGAGAAGACACGAAAAGAGAGUAAAUGUGUCAGGUCUUUUCAGCAGUCUUCAAAUUACACUGAACAAGAGAAUAUUCAUGCUAGAGAGGAGGCUUACAAAUGGAAUCCAUGUGGGAGAGUCUUCAGUCAAAUAUUCAAUCUAAAUAAAAUGAAAAAAAUUCAUAAUGGAGAAAAACCUUAUAAAUGUAAAGAUUCUGGUAAAAGAUCGAAUUGGCCUUCAGGUUGUAUGCUAAAUCAGAAAAUUCAUACUGGAGAGAAGCCUUACAAAUGUAAAGCAUGUGGCAAAGCCUUUAAAUGUCAUUCAUCUCUUAUUGUACAUAAGGAAAGAAUUCAUGCUAAUGCAAAAUUUUACAAACUCAGGGAAAAUGGAACAAGUUUUAGUGAAUCCUCAAGACAUAAUCAACAUCAUAGAAAUCAUAGAGAAGAAAUGACUUACAAAUGUUCAGAAUGUGGGAAAGCCUUUAGUUGGCCCUCAAACCUUAUUACUCAUCAGAGAGUUCAUACUGGACAGAAGCCUUAUAAAUGUAGCAAAUGUGGCAAAGCCUUUAUCAAUUCCUUUUACCUUAGUCGUCAGAAGGUUCAUUCUGGAGAGAAGUCUUAUAAAUGUAGAGAAUGUGGCAAAGCCUUUAGCCGGUCCUCACACCUUACUUAUCAUCAGAGAGUUCAUUCUGGAGAGAAGCCUUAUAAAUGUAAAGUAUGUGGCAAAGCCUUUCGCUGGCCCUCAAACCUUAUUGGGCAUCAGAGAGUUCAUACUGGCGAGAAGCCUUACAAAUGUAGAGAAUGUGGCAAUGUCUUUAGCCAGUCCUCCUCCCUUAAUCUACAUCAGAGAGUUCAUACUGGAGAGAAGCCUUAUAAAUGUAGAGAAUGUGGCAAAGCUUUUAGCCGGUCCUCUUCCCAUAAUCUACAUCAAAGAGUUCAUACUGGAGAGAAGCCUUAUAAAUGUAGAGAAUGUGGCAAAACCUUCAGCGAGUCCUCAAAACUUACUCGUCAUCAUAAAAUUCAUACUGCAGAUAAGAUUUAUAAAUGUAGUGCAUGUGGCAAAGCGUUUAGCCGGUUCUCACACUUUACUUAUCAUCAGAGAGUUCAUUCUGGAGAGAAGCCUUUUAAAUGUAGAGAAUGUGGCAAAGCCUUUAGUCGGUUCUCACACCUUACUUAUCAUCAGAGAGUUCAUUCUGGAGAGAAGCCUUAUAAAUGUAAAGUGUGUGGCAAAAGCUUUAGCUACUCCUCAUAUCUUAAUCGUCAUCAGCGUAUUCAUACUGGAGAGAAGCCUUAUAAAUGUAGAGAAUGUGGCAAAGCCUUUAGCCAGUACUCAUCACAUACUAAUCACCAGAAAAUUCACACUGGAGAGAAACCUUAUAAAUGUAGAGAAUGUGGCAAAGCCUUUAGCCACUUGUCAACCCUUACUAAUCAUCAGAAAGUUCACACUGGAGAGAAACCUUAUAAAUGUAGAGAAUGUGGGAAAGCCUUUAGCAGGUCCUCAAAUCUUAUUGUACAUCACAGAAUUCAUACAGGAGAAAAGCCAUAUAAUGUAGAGAAUGUGGCAAAUCCUUUGUCACCUCCUCAGGUCUUACUAGGCAUCAGAGAGUUCACACUUGAGAAGCCUUAUAAAUGUAGAGGAUAUAACGGCCUUCAUCAGCGUUCCUGCCUUAAUGCACAGCAGAAUUCAUACUUGAGAGAAGAGUUACAGAUGUGAGGAGUGUCGUAAGUCCUUUACCAGCUAUGAGAACUUACUGAACAUCACAGAAUGGAUACUGGCAAAAAGGCUUAGAAAUGUGAAAAACAUAGAAAAGCUUUUAAAAGGCAUUCAUGUCUUGCUGUACCCGAGAGACCUCAUACUAAGGACAGUCGUUACAAAUGUAGAGUUUGGCUGCAGACUUUACACAUAGCUCACAAUUUACUGAACAUCCGAGAUUUUAUUGUGGAGGAAAGCCUUACACUAGAAAAUUAAGAAAGCCUUUAACCUGUGGUCUACCCUACUCAACAUUUCAGGGAUCAUUCUAAAGAGAAACAGCAUUAACGAAGUUUUCAUCUAAGGAUUUAAGCUUCAAUGGUUGAAGCUACAUUAAGAAUGAUAAAAUGAGGUCUUACAAAUUAUCAGGCAUAUGUCAAAGUGUAUAUCCUGAUUUGUAUCUUAUACAACAUCUGAUAAUUAUUAGUGGAUCGAAGCCGAGCAGACAUAAAGAAUAUGACAAAGCUUACUGAGUAUGCAAACCUUACCUGACAUGAGAAUUCAUACUAGGGAGAAACAAUUCAAGUGCAAACAUUGUCCUAAAGUCUUUAAUUAGCAUCCGUAGCUUAUUCCUCACAUGGGGUUUUAUUCUAGGGGGAAACCUUAAAAUUGAAUAAUGUGGGAAAUCAUAUAGUUGGACCUACAGCCCCAGUCUUAUCAGGGAUUAUAAUUGGGUAGAAAUUGUACAUUCAUGAUAUAGGAGGAAGGACUUUUGUUUAAAAUAUACAGUUUAUAUAUGUUCAUAGCAGGACAAUUCACCAUAGCUAAGAUUUGGAAACAGCCUAAGUGCCCAUCAGUAGAGGAGUGGAUUAAAAAACAGUGGAAUA